CUUAAGAAAGAUUAUUUUGUAAAUUCUACGGAACCCUCAGACUAAGAUGCCCCAUUUUUUAUUUCUACCACUCUUAGCUGUAAGCCCCAUAAGAAGAAUAAAAAAAAGUAUACUCAGAUCACCUACUCAUCAAAGGCGUGGUAUCGUUAAAGAGUUAAUUCAGUAAAUGUUUUGAAGAUCUCACGUUUCUUUCAUCCAUUGAAGCAAAAUCAUCACCAAAGAUUCUUGUCCACAAAAGGAUCAUGGAGGCUAGACUACGAUCCGCGGAUGAUGUACACAAAAGAAAGCUGCAGAAAAUCAAAAUCGAAGUAGUCAAGCCUGUCCAACAGCCCUUUCAUGAAAAGAGUACAAGGUUGAAGCUGCAUCCCCUCAAACUUAUGCUGUUUGUGUUGGUAACUGCUACAUUCCUCAUUCUUCUGUCCACCCCAAAUGGUUGUCGCCGAAACAAUUCGUCCCAACCUUCUAGUAAGCCUCAUUUGGUGGACAGGUGGUGGGUUUGGGGUGUUUCAGACCCCAGGUACGCAUCAGACACGGUUGUUAACUGGGAUGAUGUGUCUGUAGUUGUUAAUGGGUUAGCAGAAAACAAGAAAAUCCAAACAACUGGUCUCCUCAACUUUGAUGAGGUGGAGAUCAGGCAAUGGAGAAAGAUGGUUCCCGAAGCCAACCACAUUGUCCUGCAUCUUGAUCACGCAGAACAGAAUGUGACUUGGGAGUCGUUGUAUCCCGAAUGGAUCGAUGAGGAACAACUUUAUGCAACUCCCAGCUGUCCUUCUAUACCAAAGCUUGACGUGCCUAGAAAACCAAUCGACCUGAUUGUGGUUAAGCUCCCUUGCAAUGGGAAUUGGACCAGAGAUGUCGCUAGGCUACACCUGCAGCUCUCAGCUGCGUCUUUAGCAGCCUCAGCUAAAGGCACCCGUCCGGUGCACUUGCUUUUAAUCACCCGAUGUUUCCCCUUACCAAAUUUGUUCACUUGUCGCGAGCUCGUUGCGCGCAAAGGUAGUGUGUGGCUAUACAAACCAAACUUGAAUGUCCUGAGACAAAAGCUGCAGCUCCCAAUAGGAUCCUGUGAAUUGGCCCUGCCAUUUGGAUCCAAAGGAGAAUCAGGCAAGCCAGAGCGUGAGGCGUAUGCAACGGUUCUACAUUCUGCUUACGUUUACGUGUGUGGAGCCAUAGCAGCAGCGCAGAGCAUCAGAAUGGCAGGAUCAACCAGAGACCUGGUGAUUCUUGUUGAUAACACCAUUAGCGAAUACCAUAGGAGUGGACUAGCAGCUGCAGGAUGGCAGGUGCGCACAAUCGAGAGAAUAAGGAACCCUAAAGCCGAGAAAGAUGCAUACAAUGAAUGGAACUACAGCAAGUUUAGGUUAUGGCAACUCACUGAUUACGACAAGAUCAUCUUCAUAGAUGCCGAUCUCCUCAUCCUCAGAAACCUAGAUUUUCUCUUCAGGAUGCCGGAAAUUUCUGCAACAGGGAACAAUGGAACCCUCUUUAACUCUGGGGUGAUGGUGAUCGAGCCUUCCAAUUGCACAUUCAACCUCCUCAUGGAUCACAUCAAUGAAAUCGAAUCCUACAAUGGAGGAGAUCAAGGGUAUUUGAACGAAAUAUUUACUUGGUGGCAUCGCAUUCCGAAACACAUGAAUUUCUUGAAGCAUUUCUGGAUCGGCGAUGAGGCAAAGGUGAAGCAAAGGAAAACGGAUCUGUUCGCCGCAGAGCCGGCAGUCCUAUACGCCAUCCAUUACUUGGGAUAUAAGCCGUGGCUGUGUUACCGCGAUUACGAUUGCAAUUGGAAUGUAGACAUACUACAGGAGUUCGCGAGCGACGCAGCGCACGGUAAGUGGUGGAGAGUGCACGAUAGCAUGGAGGCGGAGCUGCAGGAGUUGUGCCUGCUAAAAUCGAAGCAGAAGGCCCAGUUGGAGUGGGACAGGCGGCAGGCGGCGGCGGCGAAGUACAGUGACGGCCACUGGCAAAUCGAGAUUCGGGAUCAGCGGCAGAAGAGGUGUACAGAUAGACUGUGUGAUUGGAAGGAUUGGGUCGUGGAUAACCGCUACCCGUUGUACAAUGCAUCCGAAUGCCCUUUUGUGGAGCAAGGGUUUAACUGUUUGGCAAAUGGCCGACCCGAUAGAGACUACGUGAAGUUGAGAUGGAAGCCCGAGAGAUGUGAUGUUCCGAGAUUCAAUGUGGAUGGUGCCUUGGAAAUGCUCCGGAACAAAAGGGUUGUUUUCGUGGGUGACUCGAUGGGUAGAACACAAUGGGAAUCUUUGAUAUGUUUGCUGAUGACGGGGGUGAGGGACAAGACUAGUGUUUUUGAAGUUAAUGGGAAUGCUAUAACGAAGCAAAUCUGGUUUUUAGGGGUGAGGUUUGGUUCCUUUAACUUCAGUGUAGAGUUUUACAGAUCAGUUUAUCUUGUGCAACACAGUUGGUCGGCUAAACGUGCACCCAAGAGAGUUAGGUCAACACUUCGACUGGACAGGUUGGAUGAUAUUAGCGCUGAGUGGAGUAAUGCAGACAUACUGGUUUUCAAUUCCGGACAGUGGUGGGUGCCGGGAAAGCUUUUCGGAACAGGGUGCUAUUUUCAAGUUGGUCAUACACUCAAACUUGGAAUGUCAAUACCGAUGGCUUUCAGAACCGCUCUACAAACAUGGGCGUCCUGGGUUGAUGCCACCAUUAACCCGAAUAGAACAAGCGUAUUUUUCAGAACAUAUGAACCAUCUCAUUGGAGGAAUCUAACACUGCGUGAAUGUGACGUGCCAAACCAACCUCUUUCAGAGGCCAUAGGAGAAGGAAACAAUUCAUUCUCAGAUGCAAUAUUCGAUGUUGUUAAAAGGAUGACCGUCCCUGUUACUGUCCUGCAUAUCACUCCCAUGUCUGCAUUUAGGAGUGAUGCCCAUGUGGGCACUUGGAGCGACAAUCCCUCACUAUCUGACUGUAGCCACUGGUGUCUACCUGGAGUGCCUGAUGUGUGGAAUGAGAUACUACUUUCUUAUCUUCAUGCAACAUACACAUCUACACUUUCUCAAAGAGCGAGGAGCAAUUCUACAAUUACAAGUUGCUCACGAUGAAGGGGAAACAUGAUUUUCCAUUGCAUGGAAAUGAAAUGGUACGUACGGAAAAGAAAUUUUUCGGUGCAAGCUAAAGUACGUACGGAGGACGGGUUUGAGAGUGUGGUUUUUCAUUAUGUAAAAUGAGCAUUUUUGGAUCAAACAAGGCUUGCUUUGAUUGAAAUGUAAGAUCCGGAGACGGGAACUGUGGAAUCAAGAAAUUGAAAUCUUGAAUGUAUUAAAAUUAAACUACCUGAAUUCGG